GAAACCCUAGGUCAAAUCACUAAACCCUAGGCUAACAACUCCUUAACCAUGGUUUAAGCCAGAUUUCAAAUCACGGUCGACUUCUCUCUCUUUCUCUAUUGCUCUACAAGUUUGUAGUAUUUAAUGAAUUUCUUCAACUCCUAGGCAAUCUCUCCUCCUCCUCCUCCUUCUCCUUCUCCUUCUCCUCCUCUUUGUUCCUCAAUUGGAAAACCCUAACCCUUUCCUCCUUCCUCACAGACUUCAUGCCUAUUUGCUCGAUUCCUUAUUCUCCCUAGAUCAUAAGAAAACCUAUUUAAAUAUGGUUCCUCGACUUUGCUUCAUUAUUUAAACUGGAAGAGAUCAGCUUUUUGUGAUUAUUAUUAUCUUCGGUAUAUAUCUUACAGUGGUUUUUGUUGGAUGAGGUUAUGGCUGGGAUGGAUCUGAGCACCACCGCCAGGUACGGUCACCACCUUCAUCACCACCCCAACCUCCACCUCUCGCACCAGCACCACCCUAACUCCGAUGACGACAACGACGGCAGCGCCAACGGAGACAAUCAUGACCAAUUCAGCGGCGCAGCGGAACACGAUGGGUCUCCGUACGCUCCGCAGGGAGGGGACGUGGGAUCGCGGCGGCCGCGCGGGCGGCCGCAGGGGUCGAAGAACAAGCCGAAGCCUCCGGUGAUCAUCACGCGGGAGAGCGCCAACGUGCUGCGCGCCCACAUGCUGGAGGUGGGCGCCGGCUGCGACGUCUUCGACUGCAUCGCCACCUACGCCCACCGCCGGCAGCGCGGUGUCUGCGUCCUCAGCGGCAGCGGCGUCGUCACCAACGUCACGCUCCGCCAGCCCUCGGGGCCGGCCGCCGCCGGGGGGGUGGUGACGCUGCAGGGCCGGUACGAGAUUCUCUCGCUGGCGGGCUCGUUUCUCCCGCCUCCGGCGCCACCGGGGGCCACAAGCCUCUCCAUAUUCCUCGCCGGCGGGCAGGGUCAGGUGGUUGGGGGGAACGUCGUGGGCGCGCUCUACGCAUCGGGGCCGGUCAUCAUCAUCGCCGCGUCGUUCACCAACGUGGCCUACGAGCGGCUGCCGCUGGAAGAGGAGGAAGCACUGCCGCAACAAGGAGGAGAUGGAAACAGCGGCGGAAGCGGGAACAGUGCCUUCCCCGACCCCUCCUCCAUGCUGCCAUUGUUCAAUUUGCCGCUGAACAAUAUGAGCCAGCUGCCGCCGGGAGUGGAUGCACACGGUUGGGCCUCCUCCUCGACCGGCCGGCCGGCACUGUUCUGAUCCACACCACGCCGAUCGAGCUUAGCUUGCUUCACCGGCAAAGGUUAGCCGAAUCAUGCCAUUAACCCGUGCAACUACUCCAUGAUAGAUCUUUUAAUUUCCUCCCUCCCUCUUUAUUUCUUGAUCCCUUUUCUAUAUCUUUAAUCAAUAAUAUUAUAUUGUCUACUCUUUCUUCUCUUGACAAGAGAAUAUGUGCUGAGAUCGUGUGAAGGAGCCUUUAUUUUGUUAAUGUUAUCAAUUAUAUAUCAUAUUCA